AUGGAAAUCGACACUGCUCGGUCGCCCGAGCCACACCAGCUCUCCCCUGUGACGGAUCCUGGGUCGAUCCCGACUCUCGAUGGGUGGAUUGAGAACCUGAUGAGCUGCAAGCAGUUGUCCGAGAAUGAUGUGCAGAGAUUGUGUGAUCGGGCAAGAGAAGUCCUACAGGACGAGUCAAAUGUCCAGCCAGUGAAAUGUCCCGUCACGGUCUGCGGAGAUAUCCACGGCCAGUUUCACGACUUGAUGGAACUUUUCCGCAUAGGCGGACCGAAUCCAGACACAAAUUACCUCUUUAUGGGUGAUUAUGUCGACCGUGGCUACUACUCCGUCGAGACGGUGACUCUUCUGGUCGCCCUUAAAAUCCGCUACCCGCAGCGAAUUACGAUCCUGCGUGGCAACCAUGAAUCUCGCCAGAUCACACAAGUCUACGGCUUUUACGACGAGUGCCUGCGUAAAUAUGGCAACGCCAAUGUCUGGAAAUACUUCACCGACCUUUUCGACUACCUACCCCUCACCGCUCUCAUUGAGAACCAGAUUUUCUGCCUCCACGGAGGUCUCAGUCCUUCCAUCGAUACCCUUGAUAAUAUUCGUUCCCUGGACCGUAUCCAGGAAGUGCCCCAUGAAGGCCCCAUGUGCGAUCUGUUGUGGAGUGACCCAGAUGACCGAUGUGGCUGGGGUAUCUCCCCUCGUGGAGCGGGAUACACAUUCGGACAGGAUAUCUCCGAAGCAUUUAAUCACAACAAUGGCUUGACUCUGGUUGCUCGAGCGCACCAGCUCGUGAUGGAGGGGUAUAAUUGGUCCCAGGACCGAAACGUCGUUACGAUCUUUUCUGCUCCCAAUUACUGUUACCGCUGCGGUAAUCAGGCCGCGAUUAUGGAGAUUGAUGAGCAUCUCAAGUAUACAUUCUUGCAAUUCGACCCGUGUCCUCGGGCAGGAGAACCCAUGGUAUCAAGGCGUACGCCGGAUUAUUUCCUCUAG